CAGCACCUAUCCUACCUAACUUUAUGUUCCACCAGUUCUUCCCUGCACAUAUGUAAGUUCCUCUUGGCUAGACACAACAGAAUUGUACAGAAGCUCACUUACAUCUCCUUUAGUGCUCCACAGAAUUAUAUGAGUGAUGAAGUAGGAGACAAAUAUAGAUUAUACGUGAGGAAUCAGUACAACCAUACAGAGAGAUCAUCUCCUCUGGCAAAGAAGAGAUGAUGAGGGAGGGUGAUGCAUGUGUUGCACUUCUGAGAAGCAAGCUCCAUGGCCUGAUCGAGAGGAACCACACUCUGGAAGAGGAGAACAAGCAACUGAAGCAUCAAGUCAGCCGUCUAAAAGGCCAAGUCUCCUCACUUGAAGGGCAGGAUACUGAUAGAAAGAUAAUCUGGAAGAAGCCGGAGAAUUCUGCCACCAGCAACAACUACUUCAAGGAAAAACAGUUUGUUCACAACAAUGAUGAUGUGAAGGAAGCCAUGGAUCUCAACAGCUCGGCAUGUUACAACAGGCAGCAAUUUUCUAGGACACCGUCAGUGAAAUCAAGAGCACCAAGGGUUCCAAAUCCACCACCAAGUCCGACGUGCAUCCAACCGAUCAUCAAGGCAAAAAAGGAAGGAUCCAUGGGUCCUCCUCCUCCACCGCCACCUCCCCUACCUUCCAAAUUACUGAAGAGCACCAAGGGAGUCCAAAGGGUGCCAGAGGUAGUUGAGUUGUACCGGUUGUUAGUAAGAAGAGAAGGCAAAAGCGAUGCGAAGUCUGGAUCUGUGGGAAUUCCAGUAGCUACUAACAGCCGAGACAUGAUCGGGGAGAUAGAGAACAGAUCAGCUUAUGUUAUAGCUAUUAAAUCAGAUGUAGAAAAUCAGGGUGAAUUCAUUAGCUUCCUGGCAAGGGAAGUUCAGAAUGCAGCAUACAAGGAAAUAGCCGAUGUUGAAGAGUUUGUGAAGUGGCUAGAUGGGGAACUAUCAUACCUGAUAGACGAACGGGCAGUGCUCAAGCACUUCCCUAACUGGCCUGAGAAGAAAGCAGAUGCCAUGAGAGAAGCAGCAUUCACCUACCGGGAUCUGAAGAACCUGGAAGCAGAAGCAUCAUCAUUUCACGACGACAGGAGAGUGGCUACACCUAUGGCUUUGAAGCGCAUGCAAGCUCUACAGGAUAAAAUUGAACAAGGUAUUCACAAUACUGAAAAAAUAAGGGACAGUGCAAGUGGAAGAUACAAGGAUCUCAUGAUCCCAUGGGAUUGGAUGCUUGAUUCUGGAAUCAUAAGCCAACUAAAGGCCGCUUCAUUGAAGCUUGCAAAAGAAUACAUGAACCGCAUUAUGAAUGCACUGAAGUCAGAUCCAUUUGUAAAUGAUGAGGAACUGCUCCUGCAAGGUGUCCGCUUUGCCUUCCGAAUACAUCAGCUCGCGGGUGGCUUUGAUGAAGGUUGCCGGAAAGCGUUCCAAGAACUCAAGACGUACGCAAGCAAGUCAGAGUGAUCUGAUGGAUCAUAUAUGGGUUCAAAUAAGCAUCAUCGGAUGCAACGGACAUAAUUAAGUUUUGCCGAGGUUGGCUCCAGGUCGACUCCACUAGUCUCCAGGAUAAUUCCAUGAACAAUUUUCUUAACUUAUUAUUUUGCAUCUAAGAUGCGGACCUCUGGGAUGCAAUUUGAAGCCUGAGAAUUCUAAGUACAUCCACUCACAACUCUUAAUUUAA